CCGACCAUCCCCUGUUUUAAUAACUACUCCAUGAAUUAAUGAUUCAAAACGUUUGGCUAGUGUGCCGCCUUGGGUUGUUAACAACACUGAACCAUUCAUACAUACAUAUCCUGAAUGAUGACAUUCCAAACAUCCAGUUACCAACCAACAACUGGCCAAUAAGGCUUUACUUCCUGUCUCCCAGCACGGCUACGUACAGUGUUGUUUCACAGUGCUGCAUGAUUUGAGUUACUCCCACCAAAGUCAUGCACAGGAAAACCAAGAUUUGCUACUUCAUGUCAAGAACAAUAGACAGGCUGUUAGUGUGCUCUGAGGCUUUCAAGAGACGAGUUUAACUGGGCGCGCUAAAUUAUGUUAUUAAGGACUUAAUACACGAGGACUUUUGAAGAGUGGAUUUCCUACAUUGUACGUGACAAGCUGCUGAUCAUGUCACUCCCGGAGGAGGAUCUCACAUGCCCGAUAUGCUGUGACAUCUUUACAGACCCGGUGUUGCUGCCAUGUAGCCACAGCUUCUGCAGGAGCUGUCUGAAGCGCUGCUGGGAAAUGGGCGUACGUGAGUGUCCUGUGUGCAGGAAGAGAGCCUCCAAAGCCGGUCCUUCCACCAAUCUGGCUCUGAGAAACGUCUGUGAGGCUCUUGUGCAGGCCAGGAGGAGCUCAGUGCUGGAGGACGAGAAGAUGAACUGUAAUCUGCACGGGGAGAAGUUAAAACUCUUCUGUGUGGUGGACAAACAGCCCAUCUGUGUGGUGUGUCAGUCGUCCAAACUGCACAAGGGUCACGACUGCUCGCCGAUAGAAGAGGCAUUGCUGGACUGCAAGGAUGAACUCGCUUCAGCCCUCAAGAACUUGCAAGAUAAAGUGGACAGCCUCAAAAGAAUCCACAUGACCUCUGCAGACAUGUUGAAGUACAUCAAGAGUCAGGCGCUGGACACGCAAAGACUGAUCAAGAGCCACUUCGAGCAGCUCCAUCAAGUCCUCCACGAAGAGGAAUCGGCCAGAAUAGCGGCGGUGAAGAAAGAAGAAGAAGAGAAGACGGCAGGACUGAAGAAUAAGUUUAAAGAGCUUUCAGCAGAAGUGCUGUCGCUCACAGAGACCAUCUUAGUCAUACAGGAGCAGCUGAAAGAAGAAGAUAUGAUCCUGUUGAAGAAUUUCAAAGACACCCAGGACAGAGAAAGAAGCCUAGCUCUCGGUUCAGACAACAUGUCCGGGUUACUGAUUGAUGUGACCAAGCAUGUCUGCAACCUCAAGUAUAAAGUCUGGGAGAAAAUGCUGGACCAUAUCGACUAUACUCCUGUGACUCUAGAUCCAAACACAGCACACCCCUGCCUCAUCCUGUCUGACGACCUCACUUCCCUCCACUACUCAAAGCAGUACAGCUGUUGCCCUGACAACCCAGAGCGCUUCCACAUCAGCGCCGAAGUGGUAGGCAUGGCCGCGCUGGGCUCAGGAAGCCACCACUGGGUCGUGGAGACAGGAAGUAAUCAGGACUGGCUCCUGGGCGUGGCCUCUGUGUCCGUACCCAGAGACUCUGAGGUCUCCGCUCGGCCUGAGAACGGCUUCUGGACUUUGUGUUUCAGGGACGGAGAGUUCAGGGCGAUGACUUCGCCGCCCACCCCGCUGACAGUUACAAGUGCGCCCGAACAAGUCAAAGUGCAACUGGAUUACAACAAAGGGACGGUGUCUUUCUUUGACCCCGCUGACGACACACUCAUUUAUGAAUUCACACAAACAUUCACAGAAACUUUACUUCCAUAUAUUUACACACAGUGCAGUCAUCCAUUGAGAAUAAUGCCAGAGAAGGUACUUGUCACAAUGUUGCGUCAAUAAGGGGAUGAAGGAUUUAUUAAUUAUGUAAGAAAAUAUGAUCCCAGAUCUGUUUUGAUAGAUGAGAUCAAUGUCCAAGAAUUAUAGUUGGGAUGAUAUAAUGUUAACUUCUCUCACAGAAAGCACGUAUUCUUCAUCCAAGUCAUAUUGCAGCUUCAAAAACACAUUUUUAUUGUUACUUAUUCCUCCUUAAAGGAAUAGUCCGACAUUUUGGGAAAUACAUUUAUUCACUUUUUUAGCUGAGAGCUACGUAAGAAGAUUGAUACCACUCACAUGUCUGUAGCUUAGCAUAGCAUUCAUAUUAACUCUUCUCGGGAACACGAUAAACACGACCCCAUUUGAAGGCACCAUAAGUGGACAUAAUCAUCGUGACAUCACCCAUUUGAAGCCUUGAGUUCGGCAUUUUGGCCAUCGCCAUCUUGUUUUAUUGCAACCAGAAGUGACA